AGGCAUCGGGUUAGUCGAGGGCAUUAUAGUUAGGGUUUGAAUCACAGGUUGCGUUGAUUAUUGUUUGUUUCUCUCCCAAACUCAUAAAAAAACCCUAAUCAAUCAAUCAUGACCGGAAAAGCAAAGCCCAAGAAGCACACCGCCAAGGAGCUAGCCGCCAAGCUGGACGCCGCUACCACCAACCGCGGCGGCGGCAAGGCCGGGCAAGCUGAUCGCACCGGCCAAGUCAAAGGCGGUCACGCCAAACUCGAAUGCCCUCACUGCAAAAUCACCGCUCCUGAUGUCAAAACUAUGCAAAUUCACCACGACUCCAAGCAUCCGAAGAUUCAAUUCGAUGAGUCCAAGCUCAAUAAUCUUCACGCCACCAUCCCUGCUGCUGAGUCUUCCAUGCCGCGUCCCGGGAUUCGUGGAAGCCUUAAGAAGUGAAUAUACAUAAAACUUAUUAUUAUUGUUCUCAACUUUUUAUCUUACAUAUCUAUGGUACAACUGCUAGCUUAUGUCCGAAUAAUUUCGUAUGGAUUGUGUUUAUCGUGUUGCUUUAUUAUGACACGGUGCCAUGAUUUUUUGUGA